UGGCGGGGCGGAGGGACACGGGCUGUAAUGCGGCCCGGGAGGGGGUAGGCGGUAUAGAUAGCGGCCCCUCCUCGCCGCCCCCUCACUCCGCCUCUCUCCGCACACGCAGACUCCGGACCCGAGCGCCGCGCGCCAUGGCUCUCUAGCCCUGCCCGACCCCGGACCAGCGAGCGCCGCGCCGCGCCGCCCCGCCGCCGCCGCCAUGGAGUCUUCCUGCUCUGCCCCCAUCUCCUUACCUGCCACCAUUCUUGCCAGCAGGAAUCGCGGCCCCCGCCCGCCACGCUCUGGCCCCUUGCCCUAUUGUGCUGUGGCCUGCGUGAACCCGCACCUGCCCCACCAUGUCAAUGCUGGCAGCGCUGACCCUGGACCUGGAGAAGACUCCGCUCCCAGCUAGUGCCCUCUCCUGGAGGGCCGAGUUCCUCAAGAUCCCUGGCCACUAUGAGCCCAUGCCAGGGGCCACGGAUGGGUGCUAUGCCCAUGGCACAGAGGCAAUGAUGCUGGCAGGCGAUGGCUUCUCAGACUGGAUGACGGAGAGGGUGGACUUCUCCUCUCUCCUGAUGGAGUCAGGGGACCCAUCGCUACCCUCACCCCCGCUGCCCGACCUGGAGGCCAUGGCCUCCCUCCUGAAGAAAGAGCUGGAGCAGAUGGAGGACUACUUCCUGGAGGAGUCACUGUCCCCCGGACUGGGCCUGGACCAGGUAGCCCCAAGCACACCACCUUCGCACCAGCCUGCCUUCCACUUCCCCUUCGGGGAUGGGAGUGGGCCAGCAGGGUCCUUCCCACCCUUCAGCUCUGAUAACCCCAUGCCACUGCAGACCCUGGAUUCGGGAUGCCUGGAGCUCCUCAGCCUGUAUGGGGCAGGGGUGCCUGGGGAGUGCCCUGGCCAGGGCCUGCAGGAGGAGUGUGCCAGUAGCCCAGCAGCCAAGCGCAGCAGGCCAAGCCCCUUGGAGCAGCCAGCAGCCCCCUGUGGGCCAGCCCUGCCCCAGCAAAAAGGGGACCGUAAGCAAAAGAAGCGGGACCAGAACAAGACAGCAGCACUGCGGUACCGCCAGCGGAAGCGGGCUGAGUACGAGGCACUGGAUGAUGAGUGCCAGGGCCUGGAGGCCAGGAACCGUGAGCUCAAGGAGAAGGCAGACUCCAUUGAGCGAGAGAUCCAGUAUGUCAAAGACCUGCUCAUUGAGGUCUACAAGGCUCGGAGCCAGAGGCUCCGUGCCAGCUAGGGCAAGGGCCAGCUAGCCCAAACUCCACCCCAGGUCUAGAGCAUGACAUGCAAGUCAGUGGGGGUGGGGCUCUCGCAGAUGCAGAGCUUCAGGCCUGGUGCACAAUACGCCCUAAUGCAGUAGAGGGGGGUUCAGGGGAUAGUGAGCUAGACAAUGCUCUGUCUGGGUUAGGGAAGCAGUGUCUAGACAUGUGGGGAAGUCUGGGUGACACUGACCUGGGAGGGGGACCAGGCUGCCAGGCAUGUCAGCUCUCCAAGCACCAGCAUUGCCUGUGCCAGCCUACCCUGCCUUGAGAGAGGGAUGUUGGGGGAGUGGGGCUGGAGCCGAACAAUGGCAGGAGCAGGGUGCUGCUGUGGCAGAGAAGGGAUGUGUAAGAAAGGUGUGGGAGGGUGCUGGAGGGGUACAGUGAGGGUGCAUGAGACAGGCAGAGUUAUGUACAAAAACAUUUGUAUAGACUUUUUUGUAGCUUCCUUUAUAGAGCAUAAAAGCCAAUAAAGGCUGUUCCUGCCUUCA